UUUGCCGUCGUGUCCUUUUUAGACAGGCGUCAGCUUAGCCAGAUCUCUUCUGUGAUUUUUACCAAUUCUCACAGUCUCCCGUUCAUUUGACGUGGACUUCAGCUUGAAGAGAAGAGCACACAGUCACCUCGGCUCGGAUCAUAUUUAAAUAGAAAUGCCUGGACCAGCAGCAAGUGCAACUAACGUUGGGGCAUCUGGCCGUUCCCCCAGCAAGACAGUGGCCCCUCGUGCAGCCGGCUCCACAGUUAGACAGAGGAAAGCAACCAGCAGCGGCACACGCAGUGGCGGCAGAACUACAGGAUCAGCUGGCACAGGGGGCAUGUGGCGCUUCUACACUGAGGACUCGCCAGGUCUAAAAGUAGGCCCAGUGCCAGUGCUGGUGAUGAGCCUGCUCUUCAUCGCCUCUGUCUUCAUGCUGCACAUUUGGGGAAAGUACACCCGCUCUUAAACGCUGCCUGAUGACCUCUGACCCCGCGCCUUGGCUUCUUAACACAUUGGACCUGGACCAAACAACAAAUUAGCCCCCUUUCCUCCCCAUCACUACUACACACUGAUAAACAAGAACUGUGUUUUUAUGCAGCUUUUUCAGUACAUGAUCCUCAUCUUCACUGAUCACCCUUGCUGCUUUUGCACUUCUUACAUUUUAAGAUCUGAGGGGUGAACAGAGAGACACCAUGUUAACCCACCUCUGACUAGACGUCUGUGUGUAUUUGUGGCCCCUCCCCUCCAGCAGCAGCAUGGGUCUAAGUGCUGCAUGCAGGUUCAGUGCAGUGUUAAAGGACAUUUCCGUGUCAGGCCCUUGGCAAACACAUCUCUGUCAUGUAGCCUGAAUUAUUAUUAUGUUUUUUGUUAAAGAAUUUGUACAAAAUGUGAUUAUAAUAUUGUACAAUAAAAAAGUAAAAAAUCUG